GCUUUGGAGCAUUUGUACAUCCACACUGACGGCUAUUAUGACAUCGCAAGUCAGCUGUGCCUGCUAUCCGAUAGGAUUCGUCGGUGCACGCGGCUUGUAACCCUGUCUUGUCCAAUGCUCAACUGGGAAACAUGGAAGCACCUCUCCUGCCUCCCUACUCUUCUCGAAUUGGAAAUCGAUCAAGGGUAUGAUGACACUCCUUCACUGUCAGAACAAGACAUCGUGAAUUUAUCAUUCCUUAACAUCAUGAACCUUUCCUUUCGAGGGCUGGCCGAUGGUGCAGAGAUCAUCACAGUCAUACAACACUUGCAAUUUCCCUCACUAAAAAAGUUCAAGUUUGCAGCCCGCUUUCUGUAUUCAGAAGAGGCCGAGCAACUCUUUCAUGCUCUGUCCUGCUGCAAAGCGUGUCAGACUCUAGAAGAAAUCAUCAUUUGUUCUCCUGAUGAAGGAGACCCUGUACUCCCAAACAGCGAGCCUGUGACAACAGUUCUACAUUUGCUUUGCUUUACACAGCUUCGAACCCUGCAGCUCUGGUUUGAUAAUCCCUGCAUCUACCUGGACAAUGACAUUCUCUUGCAAGCCAUGUCUAGUUGGCCGCACAUCCGCACUCUGGCAGUCAACUACUUAGACAACCAUCAUGCUUCUUCCGAAGUUUCCCUCCAUGGAUUAUUCACAGCGCUCAGUCUAUGUCCACAAUUGCAUACACUACGGAUUCCAAUCAAUCUUGCCACUAUCGACGUUGAUCCUGAUGCUGAACCAAUACAACAUACCUCCCUACGAACAUUGGAACUUUUGGAUAUAUCCCAGUCUCAAAUAGCAGAUGCUGAAGCUCUCGCUCGCAUCAUUUCCGCCUGGCUCCCUUGUGUCGACAAAGUUGAAAGCAUUGGUAGCACUUGGGAUGAAGUCAACAAGCAUCUCAAAUCUUCGACAGCGGCUACUGCGCUGUACAUCGCGGGAGCCUCCUAGAAUAGUUGAGUUUGGAAUACCUUCAUGUCUGGGGAUGUUGUCACGUACCUUUGAGUUCUUUCGUUCC